AUGUCGGACGGUACAAAUGGUCCAGUCAUCAUAAAUGGCAUCAAACCUGAUGACUCUGCCAAGCCCCCGGCACGUUUGGAAGUUCGUGACAUGAUAAAGAAUCAGCCAGAUCAGUGGAACCUAUAUCUCUUGGGUCUAGAGAGGUUCCAAAACUCCGUGGCCGAGAAUGCACCGCUUUCAUACUUUCAGAUCUCAGGAAUUCAUGGCUUCCCAUACACGAAAUGGCCAGACAGAGACUGGAAUACUAUGAAGCCCGUUAGCGGAUCUCGUGGGUUCGGUGGCUUCUGUACACACAGUUCCAUUUUGUUUCUCCCUUGGCACCGCCCUUACCUUGCCUUGUUUGAAGCUGAAUUAUACAAACACGUUAAUGCUGUAGCCAACAGCUUCAGUGACGCUGAACGAAAGGCCGACUAUGUCAAGGCAGCAAAGACGUUCCGCAUGCCCUACUGGGAUUGGGCCCGACCAGAUCUUCCCGUCUUCCCAGCAGAGGCAGGUAUCGAUGCCAACAACCAGGUCGCCAGGCCCAAGACCUCUGCAGAGGCCCCCAUCAAGCCAAACCCCCUGGCGUCAUAUACAUUCAGGGAGUCUGCCAGUGAUGACAACAUCAAUUGGUUCCCGGAUGUCAACGCGACUGUGCGUUUCCCUUCUCAGGGAUCUGACACCCCUGACGAACAAGCAAUGAAGCAGCAGCUGUCUGCAUUCUUCCAAGGCCAACAGUCUUCACCAAAAGGCCGAAAUCUUACGGAACGUGUCCUGUACAUUCUCCAGUCCUACACCAACUUUGGAGCGGCGUCCAACAACCGUUUCGACAGCCAGUCCAUCACGCCCGGGUUCGAGGGCUGGGGUAGCAUCGAGGAUAUUCACAAUGCCAUUCACAACUACGUCGGCGGCGGCGGGCAAAUGGCGUCGCCGCCCGUCGCGGCGUUUGAUCCCAUCUUCUGGCUGCACCACACCAACGUCGACCGCCUCUUUGCCAUUUGGCAGGCGCUGCACGACGACCCGGGCAACACGGCGACCUACGUGACGCCCCGGCCGGCCGCCGAGGGCAACUUUUACACCCGCGCCGGCAGCACCGAGUCGGCGGCCACGCCGCUGAUGCCGUUUGUCGAGUUCCCCGGCGGCAGCCCCACGAGCGGCGGGACCUUUUGGACUUCCGAGGGCGUCCGGUCCACCAAGACGUUUGGCUACGUCUACCCCGAGACGCAGGACUGGCUGUUCCCCAGGCGCGAGGAUAUCGCUCAGGAGCUGAGGCGCCUCUACCAGAGCGCCUCGCUGGCCAAUAUUCUGGCGAGCACCGGCGCCGCGUUCGACGCCUCGGUCAAAAAUCUCAAGACCAGGGCCGAGGCCCAUGUCGCUGCUACCGUCAAGGCCCCGGCGAUCGCAAAACCCAGCGCCAGCCCUGAAAUCACCAUCCAGACUGAACAGGUACCGGAACAAGUGCCCGUUGCAGCAACACCACCACCAGCAGCAGCAUCUUCGACACCAUCAAAGCCCCAGGAAGACCGGGACAUCAAGAAGCUCGUCGGCAACGACCACAAAUACCUAGAAUGGCUCGUCAACAUUCGCGCCGAAAAGGCCGAGCUGGACGGCAACUAUGUCGUGCACGUAUUCCUGGGAGACCCCGACGACGCGGCGCCCAUGCUCUACCCGACCAACCACGGGCACGUGGGCGUAGUGGCGACGUUUGGCCAGGACGCUGAUACGGCCUGCGAGAACUGCCAGAAGGGACGCGCCGAGGGUCUGCGCAUCACGGGCCAGGUGCCCCUGACCAUUGCCCUGGCGGAGCGCUACCUCGCGGGCCUGCUCGACAGCCUACGUCCAGAGCACGUGGUGCCGUAUCUGCAGACGCAUCUCCACUGGCGCGUCACGCUGGCCGACGGCCGGCGCCGGUCGCGCGGCGAGCUGAACCAUUUGCUCGUCAGCGUCGUUACCUGCGAGGCCACGGUCCCCGACUCCGCCGACGGCUGGGUUCGCUAUGCCGAUACCGUGGUCCCCCGGCCCGAGGCCACGACGAAUCGCACUGGUGGUGGACGGGGAAGUGGUACGGGCUACGUGGGUGGUGGGGUUGCGCAGUAA